AUGAGAAUACUUAAUGUGGCUUUGGCCAUAAUGUUAGCCGCCACUGCAACUUUAGCAGACCCCAUUCAAAUGAACUUCAAAGUGGGUAAGCCUCCAGCAGGAGAAGCAGUAAACUACUUACUUAGAAGAACUCCUGAAGAAAUGCCCAUUGAACAUCAAGGUUCUUUUUACAUGGUUGAGCUUGAAAUUGGCUCGGAUAAUCAAAAUACUACUUUAUUAAUUGACACUGGAUCUUCAGAUAUGUGGGUCAUUGCAUCUGAUGUGGUUUGUAUAUGUUUAGAAUGUUAUUCCCAGACCAAGAGAGAUAUAGCAUUUAAUCCUGGUCAAAUUAUUAAGCACUACAGUAAAGAACGUCUAGAUGGGUAUGGUCCGCUUUAUGGAUUGGCCAAUUUACGUCCUUCACCUACCACAACAGACAGUCCUAACCUUGAUAAGAGAGCGUCAUCGACUAUUUCUUACAUCACACGUGACACUUGCACACUGUAUGGAUCAUUUGAUACUGGCACAUCCGAUUCGUUUAAAGAAAACAGUUCGGUUUCUCCGUUUUAUAUUGCUUAUGCAGAUGGAAGUGAAGCUAAGGGUGUAUGGGGAACAGAUAAAGUUAGUUUUGGUGGAGUUUCUAUUGAAGACUUAUCGUUUGCAAUCGGCGAAUAUUCAAGUUCCAAUGUUGGAGUCCUCGGAAUUGGGUUAAUGGGGUUGGAAUCAACUUCUUAUGAAUAUUUGAACUUACCUGCUAAAAUGAAAUCUGAAGGUCUAAUAAAGAAGAAUGCCUAUUCUGUGUAUUUAAACACUCCUGGAGGCAAGGGUUCUGUUUUAUUUGGAGGCGUUGAUCGUUCCAAGUACGAAGGAGAGUUGCAAACUUUCCCAAUGGUUAAUACAUACUCUAACCGACCCCAAAUAAGAUUAACUAUGGCACUUAGUGGGUUGUCAAUUUCGGUUGGCAAUAACAAUGUUUCAGUCAUGGAUAAUUCAUAUGGUGUUCUUUUGGAUACAGGGAGUACUUAUAGUUACGUUUCGAGUAGUGUUUUGCGAAAUAUUGCUGAAACUUUAGGUGCUGAUUAUUCUUAUAAAGCUGGUGCUUAUUUAUUGAAUUGUCCAACUGAAGAUGCUGGUACAAUUAACUUUGAUUUCAAUGGGUUUACUCUUGAAAUACCUAUUGCAAACUUUGUUGCUCCUUACACAAGAAACACCUGUAUCUUGACCUUACUUUCUAAGAGUUCAUCCAACUAUUUCACUUUUGGUGGCAACUUCAUGAGAAGUGCCUAUUGUGUUUUUGAUCUUGAUGAUCUUGAAAUAUCUUUGGCUAAAGUGAGUCAUGGUACUAAUGAAGAUAUUGUUGAGAUUGAAAGUACAAUUCCCGGAGCAGUGAAAGCUGCUGGUUAUAGUAGCACUCUGAUUGCUUCAUCCUUUAAAAUUGAAUCAGAGCAAUCUGUUACUUCAUUGAAAUUUUCAAGCACAAGGGCUUCUUUUGCUCGUUCUACUUUAACUUUGGAUGGAGAUACAGCAACAGCAUCUAGUCGAACCACUCUGCGAGGACUGACAUCUACUUCGACAAAUUCUCCACGUGUAAAUGAAGGUAGUACUAUCCAUGGUUCAAAUGGCUUAUUAACGAUGUUGAUUUCCUUCUUUUUAAACUCUGUUCUAUUAUAG